AGUCCAAGCGUGACACCCUAAAACCCUAAACCCUCUUUUACUCGUUUUGCUCCUCUACUCUGUCCAAACCCCAGCUCUCAAAUGGCCAUGUACACCGCGCUACGCCGUGCUUCCUCCGCCGUGAUCCCCCUGGCUCUCCGCCGUACUACGGCGCCAUCCUCUUCCAGAACCUUCCACAGCGUUCUCUCCGCUGGCGUCUUGCUCAGCGGACAGACAGCCACUCGUACUGUUGUAGCUCCUUCUCUUCGCGUCGCUAACAGCUUUGCGACGAAAACAAGUGCCGAUGAAAACCUCGUUCAAGUCCUUGAAUCUGAGAUCAAAUGCGCCUACGAUGAUAACCAAUCACAGCAUGUUGAAAUCCCGGAUGAUUUUCCUUUUGAAAUCGAAGACAAUCCUGGAGAAAGAACCAUACAACUUAAGAGACAAUACCAAGAUGAAACUAUUAAGGUUCAAGUUGACAUCCCUAAUGUAGCACUUGAGGGAAACGAGGAGGAUGAUGAUGAAGGAGAGAAGAGUAGUGAAUCUAGCAUUCCUUUAGUUGUGAGUGUCUUCAAAGGAAAUGGAGUGUGUCUCGAGUUUGGAGUGACGGCUUUCCCUGAUGAGAUUACCAUUGAUAGCUUGUCAGUGAAGAAUCUCAAUGAAUCUGAGGACCAGCUUGCAUACGAGGGACCAGAAUUCACUGAUUUGGAUGAAAAUCUGCAAAAGGCUUUUCACAAGUAUCUUGAGAUCCGGGGAAUCAAGCCCAGCACAACAAAUUUCUUGCAGGAAUACAUGUUUAGUAAAGACAACAAGGAAUACUUGGGGUGGCUGAAGAGCCUUAAGAACUUUGUUGAGCAAUGAUUUUAGAAAUGAGUUACUGUUUAAAGGGCAAUCAAAAGAUGAUAGAUCCCUUGUUAAAUUUAGGUGGAACAUUAGCAUGUUUCUUCGUGUAUCAUGAUGGGAUGAGAAGUACUGUGGAUUACUGGACUAACAAUUUUGAUAGACCUUAUUAUUGGUCACCAUUGUUAUUAUACUUAAAAUUUCACCCUUAAAUGAAAUAGUGUAUGGGUGGUUCUCCCAUUUGUU